AUGAAAGUCAAUUCUAUUUGAGAAUUCAGGUGCAUACAGUCUGAAUUGGGAGUUUGGGACAACCUUCCUGAAGGCAAUAAUGCGAGUACAUUUUUCAGAUCAUAGAUAGAUGUCAUGGCAGAAACACAAUGUGGCAUCUCUGGGCACUGCCAUGAUCACUCAAGCUAGGUCGAUAUCAUCGAGCCUCACUUUCAACCCACCAGUUGUUGCCUCCAAACAUUCAUUUUCAAAUCCGGUUUCCAGUUAAGCUUCUCCAUUAAUCGGUGUGACCGCAGAGGAAGCCAUCAACGGCAAAGGCGUGGAAGCUGACACUGUGGCACUAUAGGCCCCCAAGACAAACAUCCCAUAAGCGAGCUACUACGUGUCUACGUUUCAAAAAAAAAAAGCGAGCUACUACCACGCAGAGCUUCCAUGUCCAUGUACCUGAGCUAGCCUAGCCAGUUCAGUGAGGCAUUAAUUGCUCGCGUUGACUAUGGCGAAGGCUCAGCUCAUGGCCCGGUUCGCCGUCGAGGUCGAGCCGUCGUCGAUCCUCAUCAGGCGCCGCCGUGCGCCGCUGGCGAGGGUGCUGGACACGAUAGCGGAGGAUGAGAAGGAGGCGGCCGCCGCCGUGGAGCUGUCGUCGUCCUACGCGCUGCUCCGCACCAGAGCUCCUCGCCGCCGAAACUUGAGCUACACUGCCACGGAGGUCGGCAAGCCGUCGGUGCGCGGCGACGGCGAGAGGUGCCCCGUAGCCGGCAGCCUCUUGCCGCCGCACGCCGAGGAGCUGGCCGUCCUCGCCUAGCCGGCCGGCGCAAAAACUCCGGGAGGAUUCCAAACAAAUUCGGUAGGGACGUUAAUCGUAUUCAUAAUGUGUAUGCAGAUUGAAUUGAACUUUUCUAGUUAUAAACGGAAUUGCUGUGUAUGUCGACAAGUACUACUACAAGCUCGAACAUGUAACGUUGCUCUCUGUGCUGUACUAUUAGCAUACUACUACAGUUACAGUAUAUGAAAGCUAAUAAAAUGGUUCUUAGUCUGUGCU